AUGGAGGCAGGAGGAGCAGGUCCCGUCUCUCUCGAGGGACAACACGUAGAUGCUUCUGGCGGCCUCGACGUCGAUGGGCACCAUGGAGGCAUGGAUCACGACACCGACGUUGUGCAUGACGGCUCGCAUGAUCGGAGUGGACGAGUCGACGCAGACGACGGGAUGAUGGACCUGUCCUACAGGAAGUACCAUUGGAGAGAGCUGCGACUUGUUCCUUUCUCCUUCUCAGUUGGCGCUCACCGCCUCCCCAUCAUCUCGGCGUACGUGCCCCCUGUACUCGAGAGCCGAGUUACCCAGCGCUCCUUCGUGGCCAUCCAGCCGCUUGUUGACUUCCUCGGGAGUCAGGGGGGAUCCCCGUCAUGGAGGAACAUCAGGAGGACCGCAGGAAUAUCAGAGAACCUCGUCGAAGUAGGAGAGGUUCCGGCCUCCUACUACCCCGAUGGGUCCGUGAGGGAGUGGCUCAAGAAGAAGAGGAAGGAGAGCAGGUGGGAGCUGAUAGAUGUAGAUGGGCUGCGGAAGCUUCACCUCCAGAAUGGAAUGCUGAUGCCGUCUUCAAUCUGUAGCCCCAACUUCACACCCACUGAAAGGAGACAGAUCCUGGGACUCCUGGAAAAGCUUGCGGAGUUUGUCAACCUGGCCAGGGACAACCUUCCAGCGGCCUUUGCAAGUUUACAAUCUUCAGCAGUAGCAGGGACGAACUCUCUCAAGUUUGAGGCGUGCCCCUCUGCUCAAGGCGGAUACGGUGGAUGGCAGGGCGGCUCCAACGGCCCCAUCCUCCCAAACCUUCCUCUCAGUGUCAGUGCCAAUCUCCCCUCGAUUCCCUUUGGCUUCAACCACGCGAUGCCGCCGCAGCCGAACCCUUCGAACAACAUGCUCGGUCCUGCUCCGGGCCCGGGCUCCUUUGCGCACGCUCUCUUCGCGUCGCAGCGAGAUCCCAUGAUGGGAGGAGCCUCGUCCGUCCUAAUGGACAGCGGGAAGCGGAGGAUGGAUGAGCUGCAGCUGGAGCCUCAUGGACAUGCCUAUCACGACGAGCUGAACAAGCGCCCGCGAUGGUCAAGCAUGGGACCGAAGCCUCCCGAGCCCAAGGCGCCGGAACCUGCUCGCUCGCCCUACAUCAUGUACAAAGAGUUCUGCAUGGACCAGGCGAAAGCCGAGGGAAGAAAUCCAGGAGAGGCAGGGAGGCACGCGAGGGCCGAGUGGGAUCGAGCUGGUUGCGAGAGCGAUCUCCACAGGCGGUGGGAGCAUGCGGCGAGGGAGGACGCGAACCGAUACGCGCGGGAGAGUGAGAUCUACGCUGAUCAGAUGAGGGAGGUCGCUUUGUGGGAGAUGCAGGACUACUCGAACAGGCUGCGGCAGGCUGUUGACGACGGAGCAGAAGAGCCUCUGCGGCUGCUCAUCGAGGAGGUCCAGCGCAAAGUGCAGCCGGGGCAGAAGCUUCACUACUCCCCCGAGGCCCUGCAGUAUGACACGUCCGACAACCUCGCUCAGUCCUUCCAGGAGCUCUCUAGCUGCCUACAGUCGGCCACCCACAUCUCCCGAUCCCUCACGCUGCAGGCAGGAGCGCAUGAGUCAGGGGUGGUGCUGGAGAAGCUUCGGCGAGCAGCGUACCUGCAGGACCUCGACGAGCUGAGACGGGUGUUGGCCUCGUGUGAAGUCUUCAACCGCAAGUACGGGGCUGUCCUGCGUGCUGGGGCGAUGGACAAGUCGCAGGAGUUAGAGGCAGCGAUCGACGCUGCUGCGAGCUUGCAGAAACGACUGGAGGGGGACGAGGCCGACCGGCGGCUCUGCCAUGAACUUCGGAGGAUGGCGAAGUCGAGGAAGGACGACGAGCUGCUCGCGCAUGCUCGGGAGUACAGGGAGUGCGUGGAGACCUGCGUUGGGCUCAUCCAGGAGAUCGGGAGACUUUGGGACGACAAGGCAAGGCAGGGGCACCGCAUGGCGCAGGAGACGCAGCAGAAGCACCAGCAGAGUGAGGUGCAGGUCAAGACGGUCAAGAAGGCGCUGGCGAAGGCGCUAAGAGAACAGAUCAUUCACUUGCCACACGUCAAGGCAGCUCCGAGGAACAUCUCUGCAUCUUCCGCCAACGUGGACGAGGAGCUUUUCAAGCGGAUCUUCCCCGAGGCUCAGGGCAACACGUUUGCCAUCAACAACCCGUCAGCCACAUUCAACGUCUCUCAGACCUACUUUGCCAAGAAUCUGAGGAACGGCGGAUACAUCUCCAUGGACUCGUGCACUGCUGUCCUCACCAAAGACGGAACGCUCAAGGUGACGGGGAUUGGCAAGAGAUCAGGAGGAGCAGGAGUCCCGUGA